AAAGGAAACAUUAAACUUAGAAUUAUUCGUGGCCAUAACUUAAUGGUUGCUGAUACUAUUUCAAAAUCGUCAGAUCCAUACGUCAAAAUUAAAUCAUCAUGUUUUGUAACAUACCCACAAACCAAAUUUGUUUCAAAUAACCUUAAUCCAGUUUGGGAAGAAACUUUUUAUUUAUCUGUUGAAAGUGUUAGAACAGAAUUAUUAAUGCUCAAAGUAUAUGACCAUGAUUAUGGAUCAUGUGAUGAUUUAUUAGGUUAUUUAGGUAUUAAUUUAUCAUUAUUACCAUUGGGUGUCGAAGUGCAAACUAAAGAAAAAUUAUAUUUUGCAAAACAUGGUACUAUUGAAAUUGCCAUUACUGCACUAGAUUUUGGUUUAACAAAUGUCCCAUCAAACUAUAUCGAUGUAUAUAAAACAUGGAGGGAAAAUUUAUCAGUACUCGAAAGAAAAGAAUUUAAAGGUUUACCAGGUAGUAAAAAGAAAGUUUCAUCCUUUAUCAGUAAUAGAGUAGAAAUGGGGCCAUAUUAUUGUAAAAUUACACACGGUGAUUUUAAGAUUGUCCAUGGUUAUGUAAAAAUGAGAAAAACA